ACAGAAAAACAACAAAAAGCGACAGAAAACAACAGAAAACGACAGAAAAACAACAGAAAAACGACAGAAAACCACAGAAAACGACAGAAAAACGACAGAACGGCGUCGACCUGCUGCUGGUCAGGAUGAAGCUGGGCGUGAAAAUCGAGAUGCUGAAGUUUUGCUUCACAGUUUUAAACUCCGUCUUCCUGGUUCUGGGUCUGAGCGUUAUGGGCUGUGGAAUCUGGAUCCUCUUCGACUCUGGAAGCUUCCUGAAUGUCCUCUCCUCUGAGGAGCUGCAGGUGGUGGCAGCGGGUCUGUUUAUAAUCGGUGGAGUGGUGGCGCUGGUCAGCCUGACUGGGUGUACUGGAGCGGCCCUGGAGAAACGGUUCCUGCUGCUGGUGUACUUCUGCUUCCUCAUCGCCCUGGUCCUGGGUCAGCUGUACGUCACCGUCCUGCUGCUCCUGAACAGAAACAAGAUCGAUGGUAGUCUGGCUCAAACCGUGAAUGACAUCAUACGUCAGUAUGGAAAUAGCAGCAGCAGGGCCGACAGAAUCAUGGAUAACAUUCAGCAUUUUACUAAUUGCUGCGGAAUAAAUGGACCGGACGACUGGCUCAAGAACUCCUUCGUUCAAACUCUGAACCUGACAAGUCAGAACGUGCUGCCGUGUUCCUGUUUCCAGUCCUUUCAGCCUAGCAUAAACUCGUCCUGGUGCUUGGAAACCAAUAGCACCGAUGAAAGGCUGCUUGGAACAGGAACUGGGAUUUUUAAUGAGAGUUGCAUUGAGAAGAUCAACCAAUGGCUGCAGGAGAACGUCAUAACCAUCGUUGCCAUGGCUGCAUUCCUCGUUUUAAUCCAGAUCAUCGGCCUUUUCAUCGCUGGAUCUCUGUUCCGCAUGUUUGGAGAAAAAGACGCUUUAAAGAAAAACAAGCGGCUCGUUGGUGAAGACGACGCCGACUCAGACUCAGACUCCGAGCCCGAGCCCGACCCGGCUGGCGGAGAGCAGAACCACGCCUUCAUAGACCCGGAUGAAGGUGCUGCAGAACCAAACUACAGGACAGCUGGAGACGCCAACAACAUGGCUGACCAGUACAACCAGAACCAGGAGCCAUUUCAUUACAACCAGAACCUAGAGUACCAGAACCAGAACCAAGGGUACACGCCUGCUGGAGAUGCCAACAACAUGACGUAUGACCAGUACAAUUACAACCAGAACCAGGGCUUCCAGGGCCAGAACCAGGGCUUCCAGGGCCAGAACCAGGGCUUCCAGGAGCCACUUAAUUACAACCAGAACCAGGGCUUCCAGGGCCAGAACCAGGGCUUCCAGGCCCAGAACCAGGGCUUCCAGGAGCCACUUAAUUUCAACCAGAACCAGGGUUACCAUGGUUACCAGGAGGCUAGUCAGCAUUAUUAAACAGACUCAAUGUUGUAAACAUAGCUAAAAUAGCUAAUUCAAAAUUAGCUAUUUUGUAUAAAAUCUUGUUUUUUUUUCUGUAAAUGUUUUCUAUUUUUACAAAGUUUCCUGUACUGAACUAGUUUGGCUGCUUGAAAAGUUUUAAGAGAAAAACUGUUUUAGGUUAAUAAUCAGAAACAAAACCACAGAAGAUCCGCUGGACGCCGGAGACCACAGGCCGUUUCAUCUGCAACCAUCAAUCAAACUAUCACCUUGUCACCUUUAUUUACUUUGAACUCACGUUUAAUCUCGAGAGAUUUUGCGAGAUUUCCCGUCUGACAUCUGAAGGUUGGUGAUUGGAAUCUGUUCAUGGUUAGUUUGUUGUGUAUCGUGUAUUUUCUCUCAGAUUUUGAAAAUAAUCGUCAAUUUUAAAAUCCCGCUGUGUGAACCAGGCUUUAGCAGGGAGCUGUAGUGUUUUCUUUUAUUGUUGUUAAAAUUACACUUGCACUGGUGUAAAUUUGAAUGACUAGAUGAAAAUAUCUUUUAUAUUUGACCAUGUUGUAGAAAUAAAGUAUCACAUAUUGAUAUUUA